GCUGGAAUUGAACCUGGGACCCUGGCGCUGUGAGGCAGCAGGUGCCUGAAAAUAAUACUUCUCCAUUUCCUUUGCCUUUUUUCUAUGAGUAUUUGCGUAUGUAUUGGUGCAUUAGCGCCAGGAUAUGCUCAGCUGGGGAACAAAGGGGCAAAGUUUUCCUUGUGGGAUUUGAAUGCCCAUUGCUAGGGACAACUGGGGUCACGAACCCACACUGUUGCAGGAGUGACAGGACGGCCUGGGGGUUACAGCUGAAGCCUGGCCAGUCAGGGAAGGCAUCCGAGCCUGUCUGGAGUGCUGGCCAUCGCCAGGCAGCUAGUUCCCCUGAACCUUGAGGCUGACCAGAAAAUUCCACCACGGUAGAUGGUGACUUUUGAAUUCAAUUUGUUUUUUUUAAUAUAAAAGAAGGUCGAGAGUCGAAAAGCUCGCGUAUCCGUAACCACUGUUGAUUUGUUGCAAAACCCCAUCUAGUUCACAAAUUGAAACCUGCCAUCCUUGCUGGGUCUGGCCUAGAUGCGGCUCUAGACCCGCAGUGAUGCGACUGACUCUCAACUGUCCUCCAGGCCGGAAGAGAUGGGCAAUGACAGUGACAAACUUAUCCCAUGAAUUAAAAAAAAACCCCCACCAGUUUGGAUGCGAUGGGAAUUUGAACUCCAUGAUGUUGCCAUUCACUCGAACGUUUUAAAUGAGUUAGCGAGUUUUGCGAAGAUUUGUAGCUCAGGUUGAGGUUCUGGAUGUAGCUGUGCUCGCUGAGCUGGGCCUCCGAAUGAAGCUUUGUCCAGAGGCUCACUGAAGAUGUUACCGAGUAUGGUGACGAAAUGUCUGAAAAUGAAGCUUCCAUUUUUAAAUGAGCUGCUCUUCUGUUGUAGAUCUUGUAGCACAACCUUUUGAUCACAAGUAUGACCUUGAUUGGAGACACCCAUUCAGGGGGUCAAAAGAGCGCCUAUCGACGCAUUGAGAAUUCUGAUCCGACUUUUCUUUUGAAAUCCGAAUUGCUUGUCCUUUUGUUGCAGAGGUCGUUGAUGAAAUGGAAAACGCUGACGGACUCUCCUGAACAUGAGAGGAGGAUUAUUACCUUGGAGAAACAAGAUGGUGAAGCCUUUGGAUUUGAAAUUCAGACAUAUGGCCUGCAUCAUCGAGAUGAAAACACAAUGGAAAUGUGCACGUUUGUUUGUCGGGUCCGGGAGAACACCCCAGCCGAACUGGGAGGACUGAGACAAGGUGACACCAUCACCAGCAUCAACGGGACACUUGUGUCUGGAUUCCGCCAUCGAGAUAUUGUGGAUCUUAUCAAAUCGUCAGGAAAUUUCCUGAGGCUGGAGACGGUGUAUGGCACCUCCAUCAGGCAAGCUGAGUUGGAAACCAGACUGCAGUACCUGAAGCAAACACUGCAGGAGAAAUGGGAAGAGUACAGAUCUCUAAUGGUUCAGGAACAGAGGUUGGUGCACGGCAUUGUGUCAAAAGAUCCGAGUGUUUAUGACGCUUUCGAGUCGGUGAGAGCCAGCCUCUGUGGCCAAGCACACUACCUCAGCCCUUCCGCCCAGAGGCAGCCCGGCUCCGGCGGCAGUACCCGCUGCAGUGCCAUGGAGGGCGAAGACGAGCCCAUUUAUCAGACUUGUAUCUUUGACCCGUUGGACACGGGCAGCGAUGACAGCCAUGGCAGCGAGGUGGUGCUCGCCAAAAAGCUACUAACGAGGAGCGUAAGCGCCAAGGCUGGGCACAACGGAGUCACCUGCUCCUCCUGGGAUAAAGGCAACAACCAGAGCGCCUUUGGAACACUGCCGAGGAAGUCCAGGAGGAAAAGCUUGCGGAAGAGGCUGCUGAAGUAUAUCCCCGGACUCAACCGUUCAGUGGAAGAGGAAGAAAGCCAAUUGUAGGCUGAGGGGCAGCGUCUUUAUUUAUUGCAAUUCCCAGAUUUUUGCCACUAAAAUGACCACCAGGAGGAUUGAGGGUACCAAAGUGCUUUGAUUUCACGCCUUUGCACAGCGGAUAGGUAACACAGAAUUGCCUGAGGAGCCAGUCGGACAGUAUCAACACCUUCAAUAAACCUGCUUUGCAGUUUGAGUUGACUCUGGGGUGGGAGGGCUUGUAAGGUUCAAUUGUAACUGCUUAUGACCUUGUCAAUGAACUGGGGCUGCCUGGGUGAGGUAGAGAACAGUUCCCUUCCCUUGUGUCCCUAUGUAAGACAGUCCUUUUUAACAAUUGUUUUCCAACUGUCACUCGACCCCUCCCCCCCACCCCUUUAAUGGCAAGGGAGAAAACUUUUUUGCGCUAUGGGGUCAGAGCAGGUUCGAAAGGCUGAUUGGCGAAAUUCCUGCUCCCAUUUUUUUCAUGAACAGGGAAUUGGACAGCUCCACUGAAGAGCGAGAGAGAACUGGUCUGGUGGGCCGAAUGUCCUCUUGCUGUGCAGUGUCAGGCUUUGAUGCUAUCUCAUCCAAAGGCACAGACUCCUGCCCAGGACUGGGGGCACUUCCACUGGUACCACCAUCUUUGUACCUUGCCCGGCCAGGCAUUCCUCAAGCUGCGGGCAUUGCCAUCCAUGCACUGGGGCAUUCUCCUAUCAAAGCAAUCCCCCUCCUCCCCCACCGCUGUCCAAACUAUUGUGGUUUUUCUUGUUUUGGCUACAGCGCCAAAUUUAUGGUCUUUUGCGCCUGGCCGCCAUUUUCUUCACAGCUUUGAGGUGUCGUCAGCCGAUUUUUUUUUUGUCCUGCGGGGUGUGUCUGAUGUCACUCUCUGUCCCGCUGAAUAAAAUCACCUGACGACACCUCAGAGCUGUGAAGAAAAUGGCGGCCAGGCGCAAAAGACCAUAAAUUUGGUGCUGUAGCCAAAACAAGAAAAACCGCAAGAGUUUGAACAGCAGUGGGUGGCUUUGUGCUAAUGUAAGUAAGAAAUUCGCGGUUGGGAGGAAGUUGAGAAGGUGACAUUCAGAGUGAGCUUGGUUAAAGAGUUUUGUUGUGACUAGAGAUGGGGGGGGCAAAGAGUUUGGAUUUUUUUCCAAUAGGUGAUGUCAGUCUUAUUUUACCCCAUUUGAACCUUUUCUCACUCUCCGUGUCAAACCGAGCAGAAGCGAGCCAUUCAGCCCCUUGAGUCUAUCCUGCUGCUCUGAAUCUGUAUGGAGGGAGAAUUCCACAUCCCCGACUGACCCCUGGCCCCUCCAUCAGCCAAAGUCGACCAUGUUGGCUGUGGUCGGGAGUCGCCUGCAGACCAGACCGGGCAAGGAUGGCAGAUUUCCUUCCCCCUCUGGUAAACCAGGCGGGGCAUUUGCAACGGUAACACGAUCAGCAUUACUGAGACCAGCUUUCUAUUCCAUAUCCAUUCAUCCAACUUAGAUUCCAGCAACCGCUGUGGUAGGAUUUGCAGGCAUAUUUCUGCUCCCCCCCCCCCCACCGCCAAAGCCUUAACUGCAGCCUCUGGGUUUUGAGUCCAGUGACAGUGCCACAUCUGAGAAAUGGACUUGUGUCUUUUUGUCAGGACGCCUGGCGACUGGCAUGACCAAGAUGGUGGCCGAGGGGCAGGUUUGGAAAAACCCAAAUGAUUCUCAAACUGGCUUGCCAUGAAGCCAUCUUCCUAGCCUCGCCACCAGUCUGUGUUCCAGCCUUUGGCAGCACAUUGUAAGUUGAGAGACGUGACAGCAAGUUCCAUGUAUUACAGGCCAUUUCCAUUGAAUGGAGGCUCCCGUGCUAUCACAGACAAUGAUACAUCCAUAAUAUUAACCAAACUUCAACCCUGUGCUGGUAUAAAUCUGUGCAGCAAAUCCUCAUGGCAUGGCGUUUUGGGAGAACGUUUUCCAAAUCUAACACAGUAAUUCCCAAUUUUCAUCUGCUCUGAGCCCAGUUGCAGCCAUUCCAAACCUGCUAUCCCAAUGGAUACCAAUCCCAUUGGGAAGAGCUUCUCCCUAUCCAGCUGUACCCCAAACACAGUCUCAGAGAGCGAGCAAGAGCCGGUGAGAAACUCUAGUGUACAUGGCUUGCAGCUCCCACAGUCUUAACCUAUUUUUGGAUCAAAUGAGCGAGAUCAGGUGGGAUUCCACAAAGCUCAUGGAUUCAAGAGGUUUAUAAAAUCAUGAGGGGCAUGGCUAGAGUGCCUUUUCCCCAGGUUGGGGGAGCCCAGACCUGGAGGGC